AUGCAGUUUGGAUCUUCAGUUUUCGUCAUGAUGGUGGUCACGCUCACACACGCCAUUCCAGCGUUGAUCAUUUACUAUCCAGUCUUCCUUCUCGCAGCAGCCUUCAUAAUCAAGUUUCGUUCUUGGCUAGAGUUGCUGGGCCUCAAUCCCGAUGGCCGAGCUGGGCGGGGCCUGGUGAUGGCAAGCAAUUCUUUCGUGGCCGUUGUGUCAAUUCAGACAAUGAUCGCUUCCAUCAUCCGGGUGUACUUUGGGGAUGCUUGGAGCCAGGGAUAUUUGGCUCCGUUGAAGGAUGACGUUGCAUCAAGGAGCUCCAAAACGUUCUACGAGUGUCAUCUGCGAGCCGGCAUGG